UUGAAAACAGACGUUGUUGACAUGACACCUGCGAACAACCGCAGAGUAAACUAUAACUGACAAGCCUCGGAUAUUGAUGAAGCUUUUAUACGUGUUUUUUACACAGGGGGACGCAAUAUACUGAACAUGGAGUUAUCGCAACUUAUAAAGAAAAUAGGCCACUCUUUGGCGGAGAUAAGAGUCCGAGCAUUGAAGAGCAUCAUAUGCAAGCUGGACCAUUCACUGAUCUCCGUCUCUGACAUCGUCCAAGAGAAGAUGCUGUUUGUGUAUCUGCUUGAAUGGUUCAAUUUCCCUGAGGUGCCAAUGCAGGAGGAAGUUCUUGGGUUGCUCUCAACUUUGUCAAAGCAUCCUAGUGCAGCCCAGAUGCUGAGAGACGUUGGGGCGGUGGACUUCCUCACUCAACUGUCUCCUAAUGUGGAGCCCAGACUGCGAGCUGUCAUCGAUGGAACCCUGGACCAGCUGUUCCAGCUACCUGAGCUACUCCCUAGUCAUAUAAUGGUCUACUCGCAUGGACAGCGUACUACAGCUCCAACAGCACCUGCAGUUGUUCUACCUGAAGAGCAAUUUCCUAAAAUGGGCUUUUUCCACAAAAGCAUACCAAGCCACACAGAUGUACCACCUCAGAAAAUAGCAGUGCACGAGUCUGUGAGAUGCCUCAAGUUUUCUGUGUUUCCAUGGCUGACUUUGACAAACACAGACAGACACAUACUUUCAUCCAAUGAGAGUUCUCUAAGGAGCAGCAACCCCAACUUGGUGCGGACCACAUGUGAACUUCUGUGUGAUGUCAUUAUGCAAGAUUUUCCUGCUGAGAUCUUCCUGCAAAGGCCCAGUAUUAUAAAGAACCUCCUCUCCCUGUUGAGGCUGGGUUCGGGUAAAGGUGAGGCAAGCUACCUCCACUUGCAGGCUCUCUCCUGCCUGCGGCAGCUUUGUGUGGGCCUAAGGAGAAGACUCCGCUUUCAUCAGGAUCCAAGCUUCUACUCUACAAAGCAAGAUCCAGUGUCCCAGAACUCGUCUUUCUCCCACUCCCAAGAGGUGCGGGGGACCCAGCGUUCCCAGGCCUCAUCUCCAGGGGCUGAGUGUUCCCCUCGGCCCUCUGUGGUGGGACGCAGAGGCCAGAGAGCCAGAGGAGACGGCCAAGAUGGAGAUGCAGCUUCCACCAGUGGCAGCUCGCACAGAGGUGGAGCAGCAGUCCAGGCCCCUGGGCAGACGCCCCAGUCACCCGCAGAUGUGGCCCACUUGGAGCUUCCUGACCUGGGUGUAGAAGAUGUCCUGGAGCUGCAGUUACAGCAGCUCACUUUGGCUCAGUUCACAGUGGCCACCAUGGAGCAUGCCAUACCUCUACUUAAAACAGAGGGUUUGCAUGUGUUCCACCGUGUUCUGGAGCUGCUGUGCGAUACCGUCCCCCUGCUCAGGGACAGUGUUUGUGAGCUGGUCUGGGACGAUCGCAGCCUGGUGGGGAUGGAGCUGAAGGAAAAGCUGCGAGGCUGCAUGGAACUGUUGGGGGACAUCCUGAGCUACCAUCAGAGCUUUCCAGCAGACAUUCCCCACAGCUGUCAGCUUCAUCACAGAAUGGCCUACACUGGCACUGCUAUAUUCACCGUUAAACUCCUACAGACCAUCCUCCCUCCUGAAAAGGCUAGUGACAAUCUCCCAGGAAACAUAGCAACAGCUAUUUUCCACCUGUGCUUGGACACGUCGUUUGGAAGUUUAUUACCCAGCAUGCAAGAAACAGCAGUGGCCUACUUGGAGCAGGUGAACUCAGACAGCCACGACCUCUACAGGAGGGUGACACGAGCUGCCCUCUGGAUGGAGUCUACCUGCAACUUCCUCAAGGAAGUGCAAGCUGAGGGAGAAAAGAAUUGGUUGGAGAUACUGGAGCUGGCAGACCAAGCCAUAGACGGCCUUCCAUUUCACCAGCACUUACCAAUCAUCAAGGAAUGUGUGCACAUCUGCUCCUACCUGUGGAAGUUUGACCAGCCCAGCCCCCUCCUCCAAACAGAGAGCCAGAAACUUCUCCUCAAGCUGCUGUCCCAUCCCUUACCGCCUGUCAAGACGGAAACAUACGAAAGCACUUUAAACCUGGUCAAGGGCUGCCUUGGCAUCCAGAAUGUGUCACGACAGGAAGCAGCAGCCUGCGGUGCAGUCAACUUUCUUAUCCACCACAGGGUGCUCUAUGAAAUAAGUGCUUUUGGACUUCAGGAUUCUUCAGAGAAGGUGAACAUUGCUGCCAAGGAUAUCCUGCUAUUCCUGCUCAAAGGACGAUUGAUGAUGACAGCGUCAACCUGGGACAGAUUCAAUGAGGCACUUUACCCGGUCAUGCCCAUAUUACAGGGUUACGCCGGCACUGAAGAGUCACUUGGAAACUGUGUCCUGCUGGUAAGUAAGAUGUCGGACACGGCGAGAGAGAACGUGUUUCCAAGCACAGCCAAGCUGAAAGCGGCGCUCCGACUCCUUUUCACCAAACAACCCACUGUGAGAAUAGCAGCAGUACAACAAAUCCUGCCCCACUUAACCGGCGAUGAUGAUGCUAACACAGCCAGACCAGACCUGGAUCAACCAGUGAUUUCCUGGCUUCCCAAUCUCUUCUGCCUCAGACACCCUUUAGACAUCACACUGGACACCAGCAGCAAGUCUGUCCUCAAGGUGGAGUCGGUGGAGAAGCUGUUUUGUAUCCUGAACUCAGACACCGUCGAUAUCUCCCUGAGAAGAUCGGCCGCAGAGCAGCUGUCUGUCGUGCUACAAGACACAACAAUGCACCCAGUGCUGAAGAAUCUUGGAAUAGCAGACAAAGUCAUUUCUUUCAUUAUGGGGAGUGUAAACGGCAACAAGAGCUUAGAUUGCCUGCUGGAGCCUUGUGUAUGUAUCCUGAGGAAGCUGGUGUAUGCUGAUCCAUCUCUGAGGCACAGUCUGGCACAUCGCAACCUCCUGCUCCUCACACUGCUCAGAGCAUCCUUGAUAUUGAAGGAGAACAAAGGCAAUGGCAGUGAGGUAGCUGUCCUGAUGAGUUUACUGCUGUUUGAUGAGAUUGCCAGCAUUGAAAUAUGGUCGGACAACUCCAACCCAGAUGUGACCCUCACGCCGUUCUCCCUGCCACUGUCAGUAAUCCGCAGGUACAACAUCCCAUUUCAGGCAGCGACUCAUCACGCUGUCAGCCCAUACUGCUGCGUCCUGCCCCCUUCCUCUGACCUGCUGACCUUAGCACCUGCCCGCCAAGCCCUGCAGGUGGCCUGGAACACUGCUUGGCACUCUGGGAUGGACGGCCUCCUUCAAGAGCUGCAUGGCGUCUCUACUGAUGAUGCUGAAUUUCAUCCUGACUUAAAGCUGUCAGAAGCACAGGUUCUGUCACUGCAGGCAGUGCGCCUUCCUACUGCGCUGCAGGACUGCAUCAAGGCCAUCAUCACAGCAGCAGGACACGGCUCUGUGACCUCUGCCCUCUCCAGGCUCAGCCUCUAUUUACUGAUUGACCGACUGGCCCUCCCUCACAUCCCCACCCACACCUGCAGAGGCACCCUUCACUCGCUCAGCUGGCAGGCAGCAGUAACCAGGUACCCUGCAUACAAAUUCAAUUAA